AUGUCGAGUAACUGGCAAAGGUUACUUCAAAAGCAAAGGAAACAACAAGUGAAAUCGUCGAAAACUUCUAAGUCAGUCAAAUCCAACAAAGUAUCAAAAUCAGUUAGGGUGCCACUAUCUAAAAUAGUAGAGCUGCAAAAGGCGGAAAAUGUGAAGCAAGCAAACAAUUCAAAACCCUUGCAGAUAAAGAAAUCAGAGUCAGAUAAUAUAUCCAAUCGUGAAAAAGAAAUAGGAAGAUUCUUGGCAAUAGACUGUGAAUUCGUAGGUGUGGGUCCGGAAGGUGUUCAAUCUGAACUGGCUCGUGUAUCGAUCGUCAAUUAUCAUUGUCACACAGUUUAUGACAGAUAUGUGAAACCAAGAGAAAAAGUGACUGACUGGAGAACCCAUGUUUCCGGUAUCAGACCCUCUGAUAUGCACAAUGCCAUUUCUUUCAAACAAGCUCAACAAGAAACAGCAGAUCUACUGAAAGAUAGGAUUCUAAUUGGUCAUGCUGUACAUCACGAUUUAGAGGCAUUAUAUCUGACACAUCCUAAAAAGAUGAUUCGAGAUACAGCCGGUCAUACCCCAUUUAAACAAAAAUAUUCAAAAGGUAAGACUCCUAGUUUAAAAAAAUUAGCUCAAGAAAUUUUAGGUUGGAAUAUUCAAGGGGGUGAACACUCUUCAGUGGAAGAUGCUAAAGCUACCAUGCUUAUUUACAAAAGUGAUAAGAAGAAUUUCGAAGCUAAAGCUCGAAGCAGUAAGGGAAAAUAG